AUGGAGGCCGCGAGCUACCCCGCGGACGAGGCCGCGUCCGCCGCGACGCUUCGCGCCCGCGCGACCGACGCGCGCGAAUUCUUCAUGGUCGCCGCGCUCGACGGCGCCGUCGUCGCGUACGUCUGCGGCACGCUCACCGCGCGCGACGCCCUGGACGCCGCGACGAUGACCAAUCACGACCCGCUCGGGCGGACGCUGUGCGUGCACAGCGUGUGCGCGUCGCCGAGCGCGAGACGCCGCGGCUUCGGCGGCGCCGCGCUGCGGCGCUACGUCGACGACUGGAUCGGCUUCGCCGACGACCGACGCGACGCGCGCGUCUUCGGCGACGCGCGCGAUCAAGUGCUGACGAUCAGGUUGCUGUGCAAGCGCGCGCUGAUCGAGUUUUACGAGCGUCGCGGUGGGUUUCGGUGUUUGGGCGAGUCAAGCGUGACGCACGGCCGCGACGCGUGGUUCGAGUGCGCGCGGCAUCGCGACGAAGACGAAGCGCCGCCGCGCGGUGUAAAAUAG